UCAAUAACAAGAAGAAGAAUCCCAAAAUCAUUAAUGGCUCAGGGAUCACAUGUUCCUAAGUUCGGAAACUGGGAUGGUGACAAUGUGCCAUACACAGCGUAUUUUGAGAAUGCGCGCAAAGGAAAAGGCGGUAAGAUGAUAAAUCCAAAUGAUCCAGAGGAGAAUCCAGAGGCUUUUGCAUAUAGAGGAUAUGAAGAUGCUAGUAUUAAUGUUUCUCCUGCGAAAACUCCUUUAAUCGAAACGCCUCAGUACAAUUAUGGUCAUCGCAGAAAUCCUUCUGAUGAUCUUUCUAAUUAUUCAUCAGCAUCAGUACCAAAAUUUGGAGCAUGGGAUGAGAAAGACCCCAAAUCUGGCGAAGGAUUUACAGUAAUUUUCAACAAAGUAAAAGAGGAAAAGCAGAUAGCAGCUGCUAAAUUCCCUAUUGUGCAGCCACAACCAAACAUGCCUUCCUCACAUAAAAGAAAUACUAAAUCAAAGAUGUUUUGCUGCCUCUUUUGAACAUCUACAUUCUCAAGUUUAAUGAUUAUUUUGCUCCCCCAUUCCUCUCACUCUAUGGCGUAAGCAAAAGUUGAAGAAUUUUGUAUUAAGGUUUCUUGUGGAAAAAAUAUUUUGUUACAUUUCAGUCAAACUUUAUUAAUGCAUCUUCGUUGAUAAAAAACAUGGUGUAUGUAUAUUUAUUUCUACUGAUAAUUUGAGACAUUAAUAUAUCGAGUU